AUGCUUAUCCAAACCGUUGCCCUCUACCUCGCGCGCUUCAUAGCCUCCUUGGCCGUGAUAACCGGUCCAUUCUGGUUCGUCAACCAUAAUUUGGCCUUCCAGAUUUUCGGCCUCCCAAAAACCAUCGCCAGUCAGCAGAUGGCAGCAUUCGGUCCCGCCAUCGGCGGCCGCAACAUGUCCCUUGGCACCCUGAUAAUCCUCGCGAGCUACUACCUGACAUACCAGCAGACCGGCCUAGCGCUGGCACUUAUCGCCACCGGAUCCGGCUGGUCGGAUUCGGAGGGCCGGCAAAAAGUGGAAGGAGGAAAAAGGGGAGCGGAAAGGAUUUUACUUCUACAAAAACCCAGCCUAGAGUCUGGGUACCUGGCCGGAUGGCAGAAUAUACUUAACAAUUGCCACAGCAAGGGCCAAACACCCCUUGCUUGCACUGCAGGUGCCCGUGUCCAACCACUACGCCACGGUUUGAUACCGGCCCGCAUGAUGCAGACCAAGGGCAGUAGAGAUACUAGCUGUGGGUGCUUGGGGAGAGUCCGCGCAAGCGAGCGAAUCAUGGGGUUCUCGCUGUGGUAUCCUCAUCUGGAUCCUGGACUUAACAGCAGCUGGAGAGUGGCAACCUGA